AUGUCCAGCUAUUUCAGUAGUUUCUCUCUCAACAAGUUUACCGAUAGUAUCAGCAAUGCCGCUCAUAAGACCCAGGAUACUUUGAGCAAUGCUAUCUCAAACAUUCAAUUAGAUGAUCCCCAAGCUAUAUUGUCUUUAAAAGCUAGAAAACACCAUCUUCAAGAAACUUUAGGGACUAUAGAAGACAUAAGUAAGCUUCCGCCUCAGUACCAAUUUUUGGAGAAGAAAUGUGAUUCGCUGGAAAAGGUUUGCAGGAGAAUGCUGCUCGUCACGCAAACUUUCGAAGUCGAGGGCUACGACUACCCACCCAAUUUGAGCGAAAGCAUUUCGGAUUGGUGGUCAACAAAUAGAGACGGCUUGUUCUCGUUUGUAAACUCCUCUAACAAAAAGGAAACCAAACCAGAACCUGCUAAAGAGACAGACGCCCCAGUUACGGCCUCUUUUGCUCAAGCCAUCUCUAAAGCAGCUAGAGACUCCGGUGAAGUGUUGAAGGCUUUGAAAGAAGAAGAGAAACGGGCUUCACAACCACCCGAGGAGGAUGAGGAAGAAGAUCAGGAUAUUUCUCGUUUGAUCAAAAUGUUUGAAACAUGGGCCAAUUGUGAGCACAAGAUGGAUCAGGGAAAAGCGGAAAUGGACUCUUUAAUGGUCAAAGAAUUUAACUCCAAGCUAUCCAAUUUGGUGGAUACCAAAUUCAAAAAUAGUCGCGUCCUGCGCAAAAAAGUUGAGGAUUCCCGACUCAAAUUCGACACUAUGCGCUACGAAGUCAAGUUGAAAGAGCAACAAGCUGCGGAUGUCAAAGAGACCAAACCUGAAACGGCCAAUGCGCAAACCGAGGGCUCCACAGAGCAUAAUGGCAGCAAGGCGGAAGAAACCUCCGCUAAAGCAACUGAGAGUACCGAACAGAAGUUACUUGAAAAAUUGGAGGACGAAUUUGUUUCAAACACCACAGAGGCCGUAGAGCUUAUGGGCGAAAUAACUGACAGCGCCGAGCUGAUCAAUCUGGUCAAGUUGUUCCACAACUUUCAACUCUUGUACCACAGACAGUGCGUCAAAGAGCUGGAGACCAGUCUCGAGCAGUUGAACGAGCUCGAAACAGAAACCUCCUAG